GGAAUAGUCACAUUAACCAGGCUUAAGCAGAGUAGCACCGAAUGUGAUUGACGCUUUUCAUUUUUACGCGUAAAUAUGUACUUCUUUUUUGUAAACGCAUGGCACACUUUUAUGCAACAAUUCUGUUUUCUGGAUUGACGUGUAAGAAGUGAGGAGAAAUGUUUUUACUUUGUAGAAUUCUUUGCUUGUCCGUUUUCUGGAGUAGGUAUUUGACAAUUGGACAGCCAGAUGAUGGAAAGCGGUACAUUUGCCGAGCCGUACCUCUGACAGGCGAUAGCACCUGUCCGGUGACACUGUUGCCGGAGUUAAGCCAGGGAAGUCAAGAGGAAGAGCUAAGAAACACGGUCAUGCAACUACGAGAGACUAUACUUCAACAAAAGGAAACAAUUACCAAACAGGUCGGCACGAUAAGCGAGUUGAAUACCAAGCUGUCUCUUUGCGGUACCGCUACGGACGAGAGAAAGAACUCUAAAGGGGGAGGAUGGGGCAAAGAAAAGCAAAAUACUAUGGGAGAUGUUCCUAGAGAUCCAAAUGACACCAUAGAUAGUCUGGGGAAAACUAUGCAAGGACUCAAAGACAGGCUGGAAAACCUGGAGCAACAGCAGCAGCGGGCCAACAUUUCCGGAACCUCUUUCCCCAGUGAGUUGCGGGACCUGUUGCAGAGAAGACUGGGAGAGCUGGAGAAACAGCUGCUGAAAAAAGUGAGCAGUUUGGAGCAGGAGAAGAGCAUGCUAUCCAACGCUACGGCCGCAUACAGGCAGAAGACAGAGAGCACCCUCAACGCCCUGGUGGAGAGGAUCAGCGAGCUAGAGAAAGGAGGCGGAGACUUCAAGUCCCCAGAACAGUUUAAGUUGUCCCUCCCCCAGCGCACCAACUACCUUUACGGACGCAUUACCAAAAGCCUUCCAGAGAUGUAUGCCUUCACUCUGUGCAUGUGGAUCAAGUCCAGCGCUAGCCCAGGCAUUGGCACGCCCUUCUCCUAUGGUGUGCCCGGGCAGGCCAAUGAAAUAGUGCUUAUCGAGUGGGGCAACAACCCCAUAGAGCUGCUGAUAAAUGACAAGGUGGCCCAGUUGCCCAUAGAGGUGAGGGAUGGAAGGUGGCACCACAUCUGUGUCUCCUGGACCACGCGGGACGGCCAGUGGGACGCUUACCAGGAUGGAGAGAAGCUUGGGACAGGAGACAAUCUGGCAGCCUGGCAUCCCAUCAAACCUGGAGGAGUCAUCAUCCUUGGGCAAGAGCAGGAUGUGGUGGGGGGCCGGUUCGAUGCUGGACAGGCCUUUGUGGGGGAGCUGAGUCAAGUCAAUAUCUGGGACCGAGUUCUUAAGCCCUCCGAGAUCCAGUGUAUGGCCAACUGCAGCACCUACCUGCCUGGGAACAUCAUCCCGUGGUUGGCCAGUAAUGUCGAGGUGUUUGGGAGGGGGGCAUUCAAAAGACCUCUGGAGAUGUGUCAGGAGAGACUUCCCAAUUCUUAAAGUGACCCAAUACGUGCCGCUAAUAUUGGUACUAUACGCUGAAUCUAUGGUCAGUUGUUGUCCUAAUUUUUCAUCAUUCUGAACCUCAAGGAUAGGUCAUUUUCCUGACUGAUUCUUGAUAGUUUUUUCUGUAUAACUGAUUUUUUUUUUUUUUUUUUUUUUUUUGUCCCAAUGUCAAAAUUUUGUAUUGUUAUAACUUUUUCCCAUUAAUUCAAUUACAGAAUUUAAAAGAAUAAGAAAAACCUUUUUUUCAAACACCUUUGCUCACAUGAAUGGGUUCUAAUAUUAGCAGAUUGCGCAGUAGUUCAAUGUUCAAACAUUUUGCUGUAGUUCUCAUUUGCCUUAGGAGAGUCUGGACACCCAAGUGCAAACUGCCAGACGAAGGUUGACAAUUAUAAUAGGUUUUAUUUGAGAAAAGAACUACCCUUUAAGCCCCUCAAGGAUAAAGCACUCACCUUGUCCAGAGCCCACCCACUCAGAGGCCCUCUGUCUGUCUGCACGCUCCUCCUCAGACAGUAGUGGACACGUGAUGCGCUGCUGCGUGUUGUGUGGGAGGAAAAGAUUAUAGGUCUGCACUAAUGUUAUGGAUCUAUCUUAAUGGUAAAUGGGAUUAAUGCCAAUAACAAUCAGGGGCCCUAUCUUGAUUUAACAAAUAACCCUUUAAAGCGGCACAAUGUGAGUUUAUGGUGAGCGGACCAUCACCUGCU